CCAAUAAUUAAAAUUAUUGAAAGACCAACAAAAUUUUUACAAUUUCAAAUGUAACCUGUAGUAGCUGGGGUAGGGAAUAAAUGUAACCCAGUAUUAGGAAAAGCUUGGGCAUUUUGGAUACAAGAAUUCAUUUAUUGCAUGCUUUUCAAUUCCUUAUGAACCUAGACCUGGUUUUUCAAGUGAAGUUUAGGCCUAGUCCUACAUUAACUGUCUUGGAAUUAGAAUUAUCCUGGUCAAAAGCCAGAUAUAUUGUUCAGCCAAAGAAGGAAAUCAAGUGAAUUAUGUAUGUUUGGCCUUAAUUGAAUACUCCAGGCCUGUUAACUCCAUAUUGCUCAAUGCAUCAAGCCUGGAUUUAAAAUUGGUAUGUGAAUUUAAAAUUGGUAUAUAAAUAUUUUCCUUCAGAACCUCUAAAGCUGGUCAGUUCUCAUCACACAAGAAUUGGUGAGAUUUUUUUCCCUCCAUAUUGUGGUGUUUGAUACAUUUAACACAGGUGAUACAUUUAACUACACGUGACUGAGUUGUUUAACCCCCUGGCUACUGUGAUUACCAAGAGCCAAACUAUUAAUAUUAAUGUCUGCUCUGCAAUUUAUGUUUAGAAUGGGAAAUAGGCCAUGAAGUAGUCUUACAUACAUGUGACAUUGUGAAAAGUUUGGUUUCAUCCAAAUAACCAAAUAAAACAAUAUGGAGAAUGCUAAAUUAGUAUGCCACCAUAUAAAUUACUUAUCUUUUAAGAAUUUGGGCAAAUCACCUGGGAAAAUCCAACUCAUUUUGUAUUUUUUGUAAGCAUUCUGUCAUUCACAAUUCCUAUCAGGAAAUCAGUCACAAAUCUUAAAUGGUAAUUUAAGCUUCAUGGUCAUUAUAGGCUUAACACUCUUUAAUGAAGUCACUGUUGAUUUUUAAUCAUUGUAUUACAUACUUGGAAAUGACAAAUUUGUGAUUUCUUUUUAAAAGAAAAUGAUUUAUUACUGUUUCUUAUUUUCAGUCCCUUAUACUUAGUGUUUUCAAGAUGAUACAAAAGUAAACAUAUAACUGUGCAGAGAUUGAUUCAUCUUUCUCUUUAAAGCUCUGAGAUAAGUCCCUAAAUUUCACUUGGGCCAUUUUUUGAUAUGUUUACUUUGGCUAAACCACGAAUCCUAUUUCAGUUAUUAUGAUUAGUCCAUACACUAGCAAACAUGUUACACUGAGAGCAUUUAAACAAACAAUUGAGAUGAUUCCACCCUGGUGUCUUUGGGAGCUUGGGUUUGACUGAGAGGUGAACUAGGCUUUGGCCACACACUGGCACGAAACCUAGCAGCGGUUCUCCUCGUGCCAGGCGCGGUGGAAAUGGGGAAUUGGGAGGAACAGUGCAGACUCAUUGCGGUGAGCGUUUCUAGACGCUCUGGACCCUGGGAAAAGUCGGACUAAUUUUAAACCCAGUGAGCAAGGCAGCCCCAGCGGCUGCCUCGGGCAGGUCCCUCCCCCGGGCGAGCCAGCAGGGGUUAAACUGCGGCGCGCGGGCGCGCAGCUCCGCCUCCGCUCGCCGCACCUGGCGCUCCGCUGAUCUUGGCCUCGGCGCUAGAUUUCGGAGGGUACUGGCGGAGUGAGGGAGGGGGAGAGAAUGUGACAAGUGCCGGCUCCGGCGGCCGCCCCGGGGAGGCCGCGCGCACCUGUCCCUGCCAGUCUCGCCGCCCGCGGCCGCUCGGACGCGCGCACCGCCCCCCGCCCCCCUAACACCGCCCGCCCUCCGAGCGCCGCGUGCGCUGCGAACAUGACUUCUGCCUUCAAGCUGGAUUUCCUCCCGGACAUGAUGGUCGAGGGCCGCCUGCUAGUUCCCGACCGAAUUAACGGCACAGCCAACAAGAUGAACGGCGCUUUGGAUCACUCAGACCAACCAGACCCAGAUGCCAUUAAGAUGUUUGUCGGGCAGAUCCCCCGGUCUUGGUCGGAAAAGGAGCUGAAAGAACUUUUUGAGCCUUACGGAGCCGUCUACCAGAUCAACGUCCUCCGGGACCGGAGUCAGAACCCUCCCCAGAGUAAAGGUUGUUGUUUCGUAACAUUUUAUACAAGAAAAGCUGCACUUGAGGCCCAGAAUGCACUGCACAAUAUUAAAACUUUACCUGGGAUGCAUCAUCCCAUUCAGAUGAAGCCUGCAGAUAGUGAAAAGUCAAACGCUGUGGAAGACAGAAAAUUGUUCAUAGGAAUGGUUUCGAAGAAAUGUAACGAGAAUGAUAUCAGGGUGAUGUUUUCUCCAUUUGGCCAGAUAGAAGAGUGCCGGAUCCUCCGGGGACCCGACGGGCUGAGUCGAGGCUGUGCGUUUGUCACAUUUUCUACAAGGGCAAUGGCACAGAAUGCAAUCAAAGCCAUGCACCAGUCUCAGACCAUGGAGGGCUGCUCUUCACCUAUCGUGGUGAAGUUCGCUGACACUCAGAAGGACAAAGAGCAAAGACGCCUCCAACAGCAGCUCGCACAGCAGAUGCAACAGCUCAACACUGCCACCUGGGGGAACCUGACAGGUCUGGGAGGACUCACCCCGCAGUACCUGGCGCUUCUGCAGCAGGCCACCUCCUCCAGCAACCUGGGUGCAUUCAGUGGCAUUCAGCAAAUGGCUGGCAUGAAUGCUUUACAGUUACAGAACCUGGCCACGCUGGCGGCAGCCGCAGCCGCAGCGCAGACCUCAGCCACCACCACCAAUGCAAACCCUCUGUCCACCACGAGCAGCGCCCUGGGAGCCCUCACCAGCCCUGUGGCUGCUUCGACCCCCAACUCCACUGCUGGUGCGGCCAUGAACUCUUUGACCUCUCUUGGGACUCUGCAAGGACUGGCGGGAGCCACUGUGGGACUGAACAAUAUUAAUGCACUUGCAGGUAUGGCGGCUCUGAAUGGAGGACUUGGCGCCACGGGCUUGACGAAUGGCACCGCGGGCACCAUGGACGCCCUCACCCAGGCCUACUCAGGGAUUCAGCAGUAUGCGGCAGCGGCACUGCCCACUCUGUACAGCCAGAGCUUGCUGCAGCAGCAGAGCGCGGCGGGCAGCCAGAAGGAAGGUCCAGAGGGUGCAAACCUCUUUAUUUACCACCUUCCACAGGAGUUUGGAGACCAGGACAUUCUGCAGAUGUUCAUGCCUUUUGGAAAUGUUAUCUCUGCUAAAGUCUUCAUUGACAAACAGACCAAUCUGAGCAAGUGUUUUGGUUUUGUUAGCUAUGACAAUCCAGUGUCUGCACAAGCUGCUAUCCAGGCUAUGAACGGCUUUCAGAUUGGCAUGAAACGCUUGAAGGUCCAGCUGAAGCGCUCCAAAAACGACAGCAAACCUUACUGAUCCUAACCCCAGAGGCUCCCUGCUUUGUUUUAGCUUUCUUAGGGUAAGUCCCACGAGCCAGCCUGUUCUCAACAGGAAAGGCAGAGGAGGACCACAUUGCCAACUUUUACCAAGAGAGACGGUUAUUUUUACAAUAAGGCCUCCAUUUCCCCCUCCCACCCUUCACCUAGUUCGCCAUAUUUAAAACUUGGGCUACCUUGUUUCUAUCGAGUAAACUCCUCCAGUUGUGCCACUGUAUUCUUUGUUUUGCGAUUUGAAUCUCCUUUUACCUUUUCUGUUUUUUUGUUUGUUUUUUUGCUUUUUUAAAGGAAAACAUACACAAAUAAAUGACAUCUUGACAAUUUAAAAGGCAAACAAAGGCUAAUGUGCAAUUCUAACUCAGAGACCCCCCUGGUGCCCUGAGAGCACUGCCUGGAGAACUCACCCCUCCUGUCCUGUUCACCCCUAGGAGGGCGCCAGCUGUUUAGAGGUCAAGGUGGUGGCCUAGAGCAAGAGAAAAGCCAGGAGAAGCACUUAAAACAAUACAAACGUCUUUCCACUACAUUUGGUUUGUUUUAAUAAGUAGGAUUUUAUUUUAGGGUUCAAAGCAACAUGACAUUUAUUACUGGUUGUCUAUUUUGUUACUGUUUUAUUUUAGUUCUUAGAAAGGAUUAAUGUAAAAAAAGAUUUAGAGAUCUGUUUCUUAAAGCUACAGGGUUUAAAAAUAAAAUAAAAAUGAAUGAAAAUACUUGAUGUUUCUUGAAAGAUAAAUUUAAUAAUAAAUAAUACAUAAAUAAUACAUAAAUAAAAAAGAAAGCCACAGGCCUGUAAAUUUUAUUUGUAAAAAAAGCAUUUCUAUUUUUGUACAAAAUUUUUACUGCCUCAGAAAUAAUGGAAGUUAUUUAUUGCCUAUUGUUAACUUAUUGGGUACCUAAAGAGCAGCUCUCUGUGCUAGCUAGAUCCUUCUGAAGUAGUCUCUACAGGAAUCGUUCUAGGAAUGGGCUUUUUUUCACCGUUGGACCCUAGGCCUAAAUUUCAUGCUUUAUCCUCUCGUUGUUUGUAUCUGUCUGAUUAUUUUGUUCGUAACUUCCAUUAUCUAGUUUACAGUUCAGUUGUCUGACUUUCCCCUUGUCACAUUCGUUGAAAACUGGAUCCUCCCCUGUCCCUUGCCAGCCCCUCACCCCAAAACACCAGGAAUCCAUCCCCUCUCCCUCUCCGGAUGGAUUCUCUUGGGGUUCCAUUGUGCUGUGGAUAAAGGUUGUAAGAAAUGCAAAUUAUGUGGAUGGCUCGUAGACUCCCCAGUGACCUAAGAUUUGCAUUAGUUUUUCUCCUGCACCCUUAAGAGUGAUUUUGUUGCUGCUGCGUAGAUUCUGUGUAACUUUUUACUCUCCCUUGUUUUCUCCCUAGACAUCUUCAUGCCCGUUAGUUCACCGUUUGCCUAGCAUGUCCCUGUGGCGUCUCAAAAAAAGUUUCAUCGUCCCGUCAUUGUUUCUGAUGUCUUUCUGACCUCACAUCAUAUUUGGUUCUCCUACUGACCUUUGAUCUAGUUUGACCUUUGAAAUUUGCAUGUGACCUCAUCUAGCUAUGAAUUCUGGGAAGUCAAUGUGAAAAACAUUGCUGCAUUCAUGCAAGACUGAAAUUUAUUAUUAGAAAAAUUAAUUAUAGUAAAAAAACCUGUGGCAAAAUGUUUCUUUCUUAUUUUUUUUCUUUUCAUAAAACAGACUUGAAAGUAUUAUACAGGGAUUGGCAUUCUUCCCGGUCACUGGUAACAAUAGCAAUAUGUGUCCAGGGACACAGAAUGUUGGUUUCUAACAGACUACUUCCAAAAACAGUUUGAGAAAAAAACUGUCUGAUUUUAAGUCUCUAGAGGUCUGUAAUAGUUUUUACAUUUUUCAGGCAGUGUAAAGUUUUUUGAUAAGGCCAUUUUAGGUGGCUCACUUUCUCAUUAAGAUAUAUAUAUAGAACCACUUUUUGUAGAUUAGUAUAAGAAAAAUAUUUACCCUGUUUUGGGGCAAAUGCUACCUAUUUGUGUCACCUUUUGCUGAACUGACUCACAGUUAGACAAUCCAUGGUUUAAUGCACAUGAAAUUACCUAUAUUUUAUACUGUUUCAAUGUACAGGAGAAAGGUUACUGUAAACUGUGUUGCGUUGGUGCUUCUGUGAAUUAAGUUGUGGUUUCAUCAUGAGUCUUAUGGUCUUAAUGUUCUUUGUUGAUAAGACAAGUUUAGAAUUGGUUUACUUAAAAAAGAAUUUCAAAAAAGUUGUUUGCUUAAAAAAUAUUUCAUGUGAGGGGGAAAAAAAAAUCUAUUCCAGAAUAAGUUUUGUGUUGGCUUGUAAAGCAUUGAUGUCAUUUUUUUUUUAUUGUGGACUAUUUAGAUGUGUUUGUGUUCAGCAAAAUGUGAUUUUUUUUUCUUUUAAAGAAAAAAGUGAAAAUAUAUAGUGCCAAAUUCCAAAGGUACUUCCUUCCUAGAGCUUCAGUGUGUUUCUUGUGAGAAGUAAUUUGAUAACAUGGGUAUUUUAUUAUGUGUUUUGUAUAAAUCCCUGAUAUUUAAAAAACAAAAAACAAAAAAAGAGGUUAAAAAGUUUGUUAACUUGCUAUCCUGUGGUCUUGUUGCCUGAAAUUGUUAUUGUUUGUUAUUUCUCUAUGAUGUUUUUUGUAAGACAUUGUACAAGUGCCCAUGUCUCACUUUUUUAAUCGCUCUGCACAUCCGUGCUGUGACGGCAGCCUCACCGUGUAUUUUCUUCAUAAUAUAUGGAAACCUCUAAGGUGAGAAAGUUUUGAACUUUUAACCCUUUCUACCCAGAGCUAUCUGGAAUGUUGAUAACUUUUAUACUGUCAUCAUUUUGCUUUGUUUUGGGUGUUCUGAUUUGGAUUUUUUCCCCUGCAUAUAUCUUCUCUGAGUUGUUUUUUGUCUUUACUACUUUUUUAUCCUUUGGUUGAGAUCCAAAAGAAAAAAAUCCACAAGGCAAAUCUGAAAGAAAAAUAUGUAUGUCUUUUAACCCUUUCUGCUUUUUUCCCCUACAUUUUAACAUUUGAUUAUUUCUGUUCAUUUUUUGAAAAAAAGAUUCUUAAUGUGCUGCUGGGAUUCCUUCUGUUUAAAAACAGUUUAUUAAAUAAACCUUCUGAGAGGGAUGGUAGAUAGAUUCAGCACCUAAAUAAAUCUUAGAUUCUGUAUGCUUUUGAGAUCAGAUGUAGUAGUAUGUUCCAGUUUAGAAUAUUUCCAUAUAACUUCCUGUUAAGUGACAUGGUAAUGGGUAGUCUUUUGAGGUAUUUUUGCUUUUGUAUUUUAAAUAUUCCUAAUUAAUAUUUCUAAUCAGCCAUUGUGCUGGGGAUCUCUCUGACCCCGUGGAUACCUCUGAAUACCAAGGUGUCUGGUGGUAGCUGAUAGUCUUUUCCCUAGCUUUUUUUUAAUUCAAUGCAUGUACUGACCAUAGAAGGAAAACUCAGUUCUUUAUCCAAGUCUCUGACCAAAUAAUUAGCACCAGUUCCUGCUGCCACUUUUUAAAGUGCCAUAUUACUUUGACUUUGACUUCACGUGAACAGAUCUCUUGCUGUCCUGACAAGUCCCCACGUCGUCAUUGCAGCCCCAACAAAAACUCCUGCCUUCCAGAAAGCAGACCCCGAAAGCUUCUCUGUCUCGAACGGAGUUCAGAAACUACUGGCUCCCUUUCCUUCCUCCUUGUCCCACUUACCAGCCCACUUGGUUUAAUGUGUGUGUGGAUGUGAUAGCCCUGGGAUGGAAAGGACUAGCCUCUAAUAAUGCAAAAAAAAAAAAAAAGUUCCCUUCUUAUGGCACAUGCACUUAUAAUGAAAUGAUUUGUAUUAUCCUCACAUGUGUUUACUACUGCUGGGGCCUUCCUUCAUCCUUUGAGGGCUAUUUUGUACUUCCUGCAGCAAUCCGCUGAAACAAAAGUUACCACACAUGUCUCUCUCAUAUGUAGUAUGUGGUGGUGUGUAGAUACAUACAUAGGAACACGAGAGAACACCAUUUGAGUUAUUUAGACUGUUUCAUUCUUCAUUUACCUAUCUCUACACAGAUCUCAAAAAACAAUGUUUUCUGAUUUCUUCACUGAAGCGAGCUGCCCUCCUCCUGCCCUCUUCCUUUCACCCACUGCAUCUCCCCCAGAGGGACUGAGUGCAGUUGACAGGGGGCUCAGGGUGGACACUUUAAUUUGAGUGUUUCUUAUUUUGCAGGCAACCAAGACACAUGUAGGGGGAAAGUCCAUUCUUUCUGGGGUUGGCUUGUUUGGGGUUUUUUGGGCAUGUUUCAUUGUUAAGAAGAUAACCCUCCUCAGAGACAAUUUGUCCUUUUAGUCACUUUAUCUUUUAAUAUCAAAAGGAAAAAGCUGCAAGGGUGUGAGGGCCUGUGCUGGAAGAGAAAACACAGGGAAACUGCUUUUUUUAAAUCAAGUGUAGAGAACAGUCAUUUUUAAACUAAAUUAGAGAAUUGUGAUAAAAUGACAGUCCUCAAGGCGAAACAAGUUCAUCUUUCUUUCACCAUAGGGGUUCUAGUUCUUUGGCUUGUGCUACUCUGGACUCAUUUUACUGUUUGUUUUUAUUAUUAUCUUAAGUGCUAAUUAACACGAAGAAAUAAAAUUUUAAAAAAAAACCUGUAGUUUCAUUACCUUUUUGAAUAAUGUCAUACAAAAAAUGUAUUUGUGUUUUUCUGUGCUGUGAGAAUUGUUGUAGAUUAAUAAUAUCAUUUUGUUUAGAAUUAUAAAAUAGUUUUUAAAUAUUGUCUGAGAAAAGCCAAAGUUCCUGCAACCUAGUGGAAACUGUAAGACCACUGAGUAUUGUUUGUGUUAUUGAUGCAUUUGGAUUUUGUUGUUUGAUGGAAUUUGAGCCAAAAAAUAACAAUAAUAAUAAUGCAGGCUUUCCUAUUUCUACAACUGAUUGUACUUAUUAUGCAUUUUGUACCAGUGGAACUUUUUAUACUGGAGAUUAAAAAAAAUGGAAAUUUUUGUGGCUUACUCUAGUGGGCCCCCUGACAAUGACUGAUUUCAAGUUUGAUUUCUGGUUGAUAGAAAGAAAGUUGCUUUUCUUUUGAGAAUUAAAAACUUUGGCUUGAUUUCUUUUUUUCCCUUUGCUUAUAUCUAGCAUUAGAAUUUUGUCUUAAAAUACAGCGGUAAGUUUCACUUUUUAUUCUGUAUUGUGCAGUUACACAAUAAGGUAAUUAGAUUUAGAAGUACUCAAGUCACUUUAAGUGGAUAAAUGUAUUAGUUAAAACUUUAGGGGUUUGCUUUUUUGCUGUUUAGAUCAAAGUUUUUUCUGAUUCUUCCGUCCUCAUUGUGAACAUAAUUGUGUAGUUGAAACAGUCAAACUUAUUUUUGUAACGUAUGUUAUUGUGUGAUGCAGUUUUUUGCUUCUGUCUCCAAUAUUAAACCAUUUUCCUAAUA